AUGGGAACUCCAGAAACGUCACGGGAGCCGUGCCCGGACCGAAUCCUCGACGACGUCGGCGGGGCCUUCGGGAUGGGCGCCGUCGGAGGAGGCGCCUUCCAUUUCAUCAAGGGGAUCUACAACUCCCCCAAGGGCGCGCGUCUCGUCGGCGCCGCCCAAGCCGUCCGCAUGAACUCUCCCCGCGUCGGUGGCAGCUUCGCCGUCUGGGGCGGCCUCUUCUCCACCUUCGACUGCACCAUGGUCUACCUGCGCCAGAAGGAGGACCCCUGGAACUCGAUCAUCGCCGGCGCCGCCACCGGAGGCUUCCUCUCCAUGCGGCAGGGGAUGGGCGCCACGGCGAGGUCCGCCGCCAUGGGAGGGGUGCUGCUGGCCCUGAUCGAAGGCGCCGGGAUCAUGCUCAACAAGAUGAUGGAGAAGCAGCAGCAGAUUCCGAUGGAGGAACCUGGUCUGCCUGGGAUGAUGGGCGGCCCGGAGGAGCCCGUCGGGUCAGAAGGACCCGGUUCCUGGCUGGGAGGGUUGUUUGGGAAAGGGAAAGAGCCUGAGCCGGCCACCAGCGGAAGCGAGACCAAGGUUCUAGAGAGCUUCGAUGCUCCUCCGGUGCCCAAUUUUGAUUACAAGUGAUCCUUAUAUUUCAGUAGUAGAAAGGUUAGUACUUGUAUUUAGGAGGGUUGAGCUCUGCUCUCUAUCUUUCAAUAAUCACAACUACUGUACUAUUCUAUUUUUUCUAUCAUGUAUUUUGAAUGGAAUGGAAUGCUGUUGCUGGCUUGCGUUUAAAUUCUAUGCUACCAUUCUUUGCACUUUUGCAUGUAUGGCUCACUCUGACUCUUUCUCCAUAUGAAAGAUCACAACUUUGUAU